UUGUAUUUUUAAUGUUAUGUUAGAGCGUUACUUGUUUUAUUUGACGCUUUGUUGGUUAGUGAAAUGUUAGCAAAUAUUUUAUUUGCUCUAAUUAUCUAUCAAUCAGUAACUGAUAUUGAUGCUGAUGAAACUGAUAAAAAAAUACAAGAACUUGAAAAAGAAAAAAAUAAUUUGUUCAAACAAAUUAAUGUUGCAAUAGAAGAAAGCGUAAGAUCAUUACAAAAAUCAAAUGAAACGGACGCCUUAGUUGGGCUCAAGUAUAUGUUUGAGCUUAAGGAACAUUUAAAGAAAGUAAACGAAACUGUUAUUGAUGAGAAUCAAAAUGGAGUAAAUUUUUCAGAUAUAAAUAAUAGAAGAAAAUUACGACAUAGGAUGAAGAAAAACGACCCUUUCGAUUUUGAAGCAAUUUUAAAACCUAAAGACAUGAAAGCAAAAGAAUGGAAGGAAAUUGUGUUUGACCGAACGAAGAUGCAGAAGCAGUUGAACGAAUGGAUUCUUAAAAGGCAGAAAGAAAAAAAGCGCCUUCAACAAUACAGACUUUAUAAGAAAGGAUUGCUGUCGACAGGAAGAUUGGAGAAGUGUCCUAGAUUUGGUUAUCAAGGAAAGAAAAAAAAGGCUUAUAAGGAUAAAAAAAAAAUAAGACCAAGUCUCACCAAAACAACGGCAAAGACAACAGAUAUAUAUGAUAACAUAAAAUACCCCAACAAUAAAAAAAACGCAAAAAAGCAAAAAUAUCCGUGUUGUAGGAAGUGCUGUAAGAAAUCGUACAUGGGUUGUCUUUGAUAACUUACCAGUACAAUACAAAAAAGAACAUUUGUUAAAUCCUAAAAAAAAAUUAAAGUUAUAAAUUUUUUUAAGAUGUAUAGUAUCGAAGAGGUUUGUAUGUAGUUUUUGAUUAAAUAGUAAUGAAAAUAUUAUUUAUACAGUUUUACUUCCAAGAUUAUAAUGAAACAGUUAAUGCCGUAAAUACAAUAUGCAUUUACAUUGAUAAGAUUAAAAAAAAAUAGAGCAUAUAAAUUUUUAAUUCAUGCGGACAGUAGAAAAGACGUCAUGACGUUGCAGGCGCCGUGAGAAAACUUGCACGUGAUUGACUUUAAAAUUCAAAUCGAUAUAUUCAAUGUAGAAACAUUUCACUUUCUUAAUGAUAGUAAAAGUAAAUAACCAGUUCCGAUUUGGAAAUUAAACGUUACGACCUAAGAAGAACUGGUGAACGAAACGCAGCGGGUCUUUUUGCACACAAAAGUUUCUUUACAUUAUAUUGUUUUAAGAUUUAGCAAAAAAGGCAAUUUGAACGUUUUCUGGGAUCCUAUUGUAAAACCUUAUAUAUUGUCCCGCAAAAGUUACUAGCUCUAUGCAGUCGAGAUAUAAUUAAACAACGACCUACAAUGUGUUCGUGUUUGUGUGUGUGUGUGUGUGUGUGUGAGUGUGUGUGUGUGUGUGUGUGUGUGUGUGUGGGUGUGUGUGUGUGUGUGGGUAAUGCUCCGAAUUCUUAACAGAAAUUGGAGAUUAUUGCACAGUAUAUAUAGUAUAUAUCAAGACACAUUUACAUACGCCUGGUAAUUAAUUAUUGUUGUAGCUUUUUGUAUGUCACAGCAUAUUUUGAAAUAAAUUUAAUGUCAUCCUGUUAUAUAUAUUUUUAUUUUGUCAAAUUAUACUCAACUCUCAGCGUCGUCAAUUCAGAGACUUUUCAGCUUUUGUACACACACGUUCUACUCGUUACGAGAGUUUUCAUUUACCACUGUCUUACAAUGCGAUAUGGAACUUAUUUGACGUUGUUUUAUACUGUGAUAGAAUAUUAUGAAAAUAAAUUAUUUUACAAAUAUUUAUGGAUAG